AUGGAUGCUGGGCAGGCUGAACAGGAAGUCUGUGUUCAGGCAGCUGUGGGAAUUCGACAGAUGCCAGGCUCUUUGAAGCAAGAGAGCUUCCUGGUGGUGAAUGAAGAUUCCAACCGUUUGAUAUUCAUUAAUAAGGCAGACAAAGGAGUGCAGGAAGUCUGCUUCACCAUUGAUGGAGUCUUCAGUUUGGAUACUGGUCAGGACAAGCUAUUCCUGCAACAGCUGCAGCCUCUGCUAGCCAUGGUGCCUCUUGGCUACAGUGUAUCCUUGCUGGUGUAUGAAACCCAACACUACGGACCCCAGGCAGAAAUCCAAAGUUUUGUUCAGAAGGUAAUAGAGUCUGUCUUGCAAGACCCCAGCUCUCCCCAAAGUAGUGCUCAAUGUCUCCAAACCAUCAGCUUUGUCCAGAUCUACAAUGAUGGAAAGGCCCAAGACCUGCUCUGCCCCAGAAGCCAAGCCCUGCAAGUGACGGACCUCCCGCCACUGGGGCUGGUGGUGGAAGAGGCAACUGAAAUAGUUGUAGCUGAUUCACGAGCUGCCACCCAUUUCUACCUGCAGGGGAUAUCACUGUACCAAAGUUGUUUUCAGCAAUCUUUCCAGCAAAAAGCCAUAUGCGGCAACCUCCUGACCAUCACCGUGGAGGUGGAAGUGGCAGGUCGGGGGCUUCGACGUGCUGCUGUCAGAGUCUUUGUCUUCUCUGGAGGAGAUGAACAGCCCUGCACUGAUCCCUUUCUACCGCUUUUCUGGGCAUUAUCUGCUCUGGCCCUUCCUGCUGAAGCUGGGUUCCUCUCCUGGAUCCUGAAGCAUUUGCUGGAAGAAAACGCCCUCACAUUCCUGCUGUUAUGCCUGACCCUGCCAGAUAUCUCUGGAAAAGGGAUACAGUCUACCCUUUCACUGACUGAGCGGGUGAGGGCUAUAGCAAAGAGAGUUGCACCAACCUACUGGGAUCCAAUUCAAGAGGCUCAGAAACGAAGAGCGAUGAUAAGGGAGCUGAGAACUCAGCUCUUCUUCAGCACUCGGAUGGAGCAAGACAGCUUGAUCAGCCGAUUGGGCAGGGUGAUAAAGGAGCUACAGGUUCUGAAGUGCCAAAGCUGGGGGGGGGAAGAAAGAGAUAUCAACAUAUGAAACAAAGGAGGUCACUUCUGUUGAAACCAGGGACCAAAUCCCAUCAGAGAUGAGUGAUGGGGGUGAACUUGGGAAUCACGUAGGAACCCAACUGAGCCAAGAUGAUACUU